AUGACAGUAGCUCAGCAUCAGUUUACAGUUUUGGACGGACCCUAUUCCCUUUACAUGAACCUGCAGGCUACAUUGGAAGACAAAAGUUCUAGUACAACUAAUUGCUGCAACGUUAUGGCUCCAAACUCGGUACCAUUUAGUAUGACGAGACAUGAGGUGUACCUAUUUUAUGCAAUGGACAGAGAGCUCUACACUAUUCUGGCCAUCCUUCUGUUCCGUGAUCCGGUGGAGUCUAUGAAGGUUAUGGCCUUCUGGCUCUGGCUGGAGACGUUGGGGUUUCCAAAUGUCGUUAAGAGGAUCGUGACUUUGCCUCUCAUCUUGAUCAAUGAACUAGCAGAUGAGACAGUAACAUGCCUCAAUGCCAUCAAUGGAACCCUUUUCUCGUACUUGUCCCAAAGCCAUGACAUUCCUCUCCUACAAAUCUUGAUGGACAAAGGUGUUUCGAUUCAAUUCUUCUAUGAACACCGCAUUACUGUUGCCAAUGGCAUCGCUGAUGUAGGCAGGGAUGUGUGUGUCCAAGCUUUAAGUGACAUCAUGGCACAUGCCAUUGGAAGAAACACUGCUUAUCAAAACUCAAUAGCAGCAAAUCAAAGCCAGGUGCUGCCAUCACCUAGCAAUGUUCGCCAACAGACACCGCCGGCGGGAAGAGACGAGGUGGUGCCACCACAGGAGAGGACCAUGUUUGUCACAUUCUCUAAAGGGUACCCGGUUCAGGAGUAUGAGGUGAUACAGUUCUUUACUAGUGUUUAUGGAGAUUGCAUUGAGUCUGUGAAGAUGCAGGAAGUGCAGCCUUUUGAGCAAGCAUUGUAUGCAAGAAUUGUGUUCUAUUCUGCCAAUACUGUUGAAGCCAUACUCAGUGGUAUGAACAAGGCUAAGUUCACCAUUAAUGGGAAGCAUGUCUGGGUGAGAAAAUUUGUGGCAAGACACACAAGGCCUGCUUUGGCUCCAGCCAUGACAUGGCCUUAG